AUGUCUGAAGCUAAAAGAUUUCCACUGGUGGAAAUCACUAAUAAUAUAAAUCACAACUCAUGUAUUAAACAGCAACCACAACAACAAUUAAAUGUUAGUGAUUUAUUAAUGAGUACAAAUAAUAGUAAUAUUAAUAGUUAUCAUAACAAUAAUAACAAUAGUUAUUACACCCCAACAAAAUCACUGGUUGGCAGUUUAAACUUUGGAAGUAAUUUAAGAUCACCAAAUUCAUCGACUCCAAAUACUAAAAAGAGAGAAAUGAUCACUAGUGAUCAUCAUAAUCAUAAUCAUAAUAUUCAUCAAUAUCACCACGAUGAGAAUAUUACACCUAUAAACUCAAGCUUUGAAGAUAGUGAUACUGAUAGUGUAGUACAUUUUGGAAUAAGCAACAACCACGACAACAACAAUGCUGGCGAUGAUGAAUAUGAAUUUAUAGAUGACGCACAUGAUUUAUCAAUGAUUGACAAUGACAUUGUGAAAAAUAAGAUCAAAACAAACAAAUCAUUAAUAUCGUCAACAAUGAAACAACAACAACAUCAGCAACAACAACAACAGACACAACAAUUUAAUAAUAACAUUACAUCGACUACAACAAAAGAUGAAUCUAUGAAGAGUUUAAUGGCACUCUCUGAUAUAAGAUCACGUGUCACCCUGUUGGAUAACAUGGCAAAGAAUAUGAAAGAACAACUAAAAUCACAUAGCACUCAAACUGUUACAUUGGAUGAGAAUAUAUUAUCAAGGCUUUCAAUUCCAAUGCACAAUGACGAUGAAAUAGAUACUCUAAACCAAGAGUUGGAUUUUAAACAAAAGGAAAUCGAAAGAUUACAACAAAUCAAUAUAAAUCAAGAGAAUAUCAUUAAUCAAUUACUUUUGGAACUUGAGAGAUAUAAGAAUCAAAACUUAAGUUUUAAGAAUAAUGAAACAGAAUAUGAAAUUAAAUUAAAAGAGAAUCAAGAUGAAAUUGUAUAUUUAAAUCAGUUAGUGAAAGAGAAGGAAGAUUAUGUUGAAUAUCUGCUGGAUCAGAGUAGACAAGAUGAGAAAAUAAGAAAGUCAUUACAUAACACCAUUCAAGAGCUAAAAGGAAACAUCAGAGUAGUUUGUAGAUUACGUCCACCUCUUCCCAAUCAAUCUCCAACCAUCAACCAAAUAGAUAAUAGUUUAGAGGAUCAUUAUGACACAUCAAUUGGCAAUGAUAGAGUAUUAACUUUGAAAUUAAAUUCACAAUCAGUAACAGGUCAAAACAGUGUAAAAUCAACAACAUUUGAAUUCGAUAAGGUAUUUGGUAUGAGAGCAACACAGUCGUCGGUGUUUGAGGAGAUAUCUCAGCUGGUGCAGAGUUCGCUGGAUGGUUACGCCACGUGUAUAUUUACCUAUGGUCAGACGGGAUCUGGAAAGACCUACACAAUGGAAGGAGAGUCUGGCGAGCAACGAGGUAUGAUCCCACGUACUGUCGAACUGAUAUUCAACCAAGCCGACUCACUGAUAACUAAGGGAUGGCAAUUUGAAUUUGAAGCAUCGUUUUUAGAGAUUUACAACGAGAACAUUCAUGACCUACUCACAAAAGAUACAACCAGCCAUCACCACAACAACAACACCAAUUCUAAAUCCUAUGAAAUAAGACAUGAAGCCGGUUUCAAUACAGUCGUAACCAAUCUCACUUAUGUUCCAGUGAAGCAACCGGAUGACAUCUUCACACUACUCAAUCUGGCAUCAAAGAACAGAGCUGUUGCCAAAACUUUUUGUAACGAUAGAUCAUCAAGAUCACAUAGUGUUUUCCAAUUAAAAUUGAAAGGAUAUAAUCAAUUUACGAAUGAAAAAACCAUUGGAUUGUUGAAUUUAAUUGAUUUGGCAGGUUCGGAGAGAAUUGCAAAGAGUGGUGUAACGGGUGAUCGAUUAAAGGAAACACAAUCCAUAAACAAAUCACUCAGUUGUCUUUCCGAUGUCAUUUCAGCGUUGGCCAACAAAGACAAACAUAUUCCCUACAGAAAUUCCAAGCUGACCUAUCUUUUACAGAAUAGUUUGGGCGGUAAUUCAAAGACAUUGAUGUUUGUCAAUAUUUCAACCGAAGCCAAAGAUCUCCAAGAAACCCUUAGUUCAUUGAGAUUUGCAACCAAGGUUAAUUCAUGUGAAAUCGGAAGAGCAAUUAAACAAUCGAAAAUCGACUAA